AUGUCUUACGACGAAAUUCCCAUAUCUGGCAGCAAGAAUCGCAGCAUUUCAUCAGAUUUUGCUGGCUCUAUACCAAUAGAUGAAAUUCCCCUGAAGGGCGCUUCAACAUAUAAUAUUUCAAGUGAUGAUAUUCAAUUUAAAGAUCAAAAUGAAAAACCUUUAGGAGGGACUGGAGCUUAUAACUUCUCUCUAGAAGAAUUCCCUAACUCCCAUAGGCUAGUAAUCAAAUCCAUUGAAAAUCCUACCUUUUAGGAAGUUUAAUUUUUAGAAAAAAAUUAAUAUAGAUAUUCCUCGUAAAAUAUAUUUUAAUAUAUAGUUCAUGAUUAUAAUAAUGAGAUCUUCAGCCAAUCGUAAUUAAUUUAGACAGAUCGCUAAAAAUAAAUUUUAUAAUUAAAUAACAAAUUAAAAUACAAAAAAUUGUAUUAAAAAUUUAUCUGAACACUAGAAGGGGAUUAAGGAAGAAGAGACUAAAGAAGAGGAAACCGGGCCGCUUAGUGAUAGAUUGGAAUCGAAAUCAUGAAAUUCAAGAAUGAAAGCUAUUGAGGAAUUAAUGAAUUUAUUGAAAAACAGCCCAGAUCCUCCAUUUGAAGAGUAUGCUGACAAACUGGCAAAAUUUAUUUCUGAUUCACAUGUAGGAGUACAGGAAAAUGCAUUAGAAAUAUUAUCAGUAUAUAAUACAUCUCGACCAGAUCUUAUUAUUUCUCAAAGCGAGACAAUAGUGAGAACCCUCAUUGAAAAAGCACUAAGCUCAGCCAAGCAGCAAAUCAAACAAAAAUCCUCUAAUUUCCUUCUUGACUUCUAUGCUUUACAUAACAACAAUAACACAGAAAAAUUCAUUCAAGGACUAAUUGGAGCUUUAAAUAACAAAAAUAUCAAAAUCCAAGCAGCAGCUAUUUCUGCUGUGAAUUUGCUUAUAAAUAAUUUUGGGGUAAAAGCAUUUUCUCAUAAGCCUUUUAUUGAUAUUAUCGAAAAAUUUGCUUCAGUCAGCAAUGCCCAAGUAAGAGGAGAAGCUCUAAACUUUUAUAAAGAAACAUAUAGAUGGGUCCGUGAACUUAUCAAGUCUAGCGUUGAAAAGCUUAAAAAAGCUCAAAAAGAUGAGCUAGAAAAAGCCUUUGAAGAUAUCAUUGACCCUCCAAUUCCAAUCAGAUACAUGGCGGGACAAGAGCCUAAAAUUGAGGAAUCUAAACCUAGCAGUACUAGAGCUCCUGCUCCUGCAAUAGAUAUUUAUGACAUGGCAGAUGCAAAGGAUGUGUUCAACAAGUAUAAUGAAAGAUGAACAGAGUCUGUGCUUGCAAUGGAAAAAUGGAUCGACAAAAAGAACGCUCUCGAAGAGCUCAAUAAUGAUCUAAACUAUCCUAAACUUGCUGAAAAAAGUCCUAUUGCCCUUACAACACUUGCGAAAAGGCUGUUUAACGGGUACAGGUUUAUGAUCGUGCAUUUUAUGGAGAAAACUGGUAGAAAAAUUGGUCGAAAUUUAGCAAUUUUUCGGUAUCAAAAACGUUCCAAACAAAUCCCAUAGGAUAUAUCCGACUAUCAAAAGUGCACAAUUAUUUGACAUUGAGCCGUUUAACGACAGCAAUAUAAAUGUGAUGGUCCAAGCUAUGAGACUUAUAGGCUUGCUCGCCAAAGGCCAGCGAAAAUAUUUCGAUAGCUUUGCGAAGCAGUUUUUCCCAAUGAUGAUAAUGAAAUUCAAAGACAAGAAGCCGCAGGUAAUACAAGAAGCCCAUAUAGGGCUCGACAAUCUUUUAUAUAGUGUCAGCUUGGAGCAGGUCCUUGAUGAUAUAAAAGAAGCGCUUGAAGACAAGACGCCAUCAGUAAAAAUAAAUGCAUCGAUUUGGCUUGAAAAGAUUUUUUCAACACAGCCUAAUGAAGUCGUUAAUAGAAUAGCGAGCAGAAUUGCAGUUAUUUUUAAGAAAAAUUUAGAUGAUAGUGCAUUAGAGGUGAGAAACACCUCAUUUAAGGUACUGAAUACGCUACUAAUUAAGUGUCCUGACGUGAUAAAUCCAAUUAUUAGGGAUUUGCCGCCUGCGAAAAUGAAAAAGCUUGAGGAGGCUGGGGACACGAAGUUUGCUAACAGUGAAGAAAAUGAGCCAAAGCCAAGAGAAAAGAGUCCGCCUCCUACAAAAGCGGCGAGUAAACCUAAAAACCAGCCUGUCCCAGCUUUGCAAAGACAGGCCACAAACAAUCCAUCAGCCCCAUCAGGAGAAGAAGAAUUAGGAACAGCCAUUUCAGCAGAAGACGCUGAAACUGUUAUUUCUAGCCUUAUUCCUACUGAGGUAUUUACCAAACUAAAAGACAGCGCCUGGAAAGAAAAGCAAAGCGGCCUGCAGCUGCUUCAAGAAUGGGCCUCUACAAACAUUCCAGUAGCAUCAGAAAACAACGAAGCUUUAUCAAGAUUUAUUAAAAGCACUGUAAAAGAUUGAAAAGAAAAUAAUUUUAAUGUCAAUAAAGCAGCAUUUGAAUUGAUAACAUAUUUGGCACAAAAUUGUAAUAUAACAAAAAGGUCAGGAGUUAUAGCACUGAAUUCUUUAGCAUUGGAUAAAUUUUCUGAUAAUAAACUUGUAGAAAGCUUGAGUACUUGUAUAUCAGCAUUAUGUGAAGACCUUGGGCCUAAAUUUGUGAUAGGGCAGAUUGUAAAAAAUACAUCUGACUGCAAUAAGCCUAAAGUUGUUUCAGAGUGCUGCAUUGUUAUAGGAAAAAUUAUAGGAGAAUUCGGGGCUCAUACAGUAAAUUUAAAAGAAGUCAUUGAGUAUGCUAAAUCUGGGCUAAGCCAAACAAACCCUAUAAUAAAAAAAGCUUCACAUAGCUUGACUAUCCAAAUUUACAGUUACAUUGGGGACAAAAUCCUGCCUUUUAUAUCAGAUAUAAAAGAAGCCACACUGAAAGUCUUACAAGAAGACUUUUCUAAGACAGAAAUCAUAAAAACAGCCAAUUAUAAGCAGAUUAAAGGCUCAGAAGAGUCCAAAAUCGACCCAAAUAAAAUGCUGGAUGCUUCUUUUCCUAGGGCAAAUAUUUCUCAGUCAAUUACUCCAGCCAUUCUAAAGAAAAUCAGCGACACCAAUUGGAAAAUCAGGAAAGAAGGCUUGGAAGCGGUAGAAGCGUCCUUAGACCAAAGCGGAAUGAGGAUUCUGCCAGCAGGACUUGAGCAGCUAAUAAAAGCUAUAAAAGAAAGACUGAAUGACCCAAAUAAAUCCCUCGUCAGACAAAGUUUAGCAUUAGUUUCUAAGCUUGCACAAGCUAUGGGGAAUGACUCAAAAGUCUAUUCCAAAGCAAUCAUCCCUAACGUCUUGUCCAAUUUAUCAGACAAAAACAGUUUGCUAAGACAAGAAGCCCUUGCUUCUAUUGAUAAAUGGGCACAAGAAGUUGGCCCUGAAGACAUCAUAAACCAUAGUGCAACCCCUUUAACUUUAGAUAACCCUGAGCUUAGAACUGAGCUGCUAAACUGACUCUUGGCCCACAAGGAAAACUUGCCUAAAUGCGACUUAAAGCUGCUGAUCCCAGGAAUAAUUUCAUGUUUACAAGAUAGAAGCGCAAGUAUUAGAAAUGCGACUGAGCUGCUGUUUGCAGAAGUUAUUAAUUAUAUAGGAAUGGAAGCAUUCCAGCCAUGCUUAAAAGACCUGAAGCCGGCGGUAAUGAAUAGUUUGUGCUUGAUUUUGGAUAAAUAUAGGACAACUCCUGCAGUUGUGAUAUCAGAGGCCCCUCAAAUAGAGCCUCAAGCGAAUUCAAAAGCUUCUAAGGCUUCAAAAGCAAAUUCACGUCCCACACGUUUAAAGCUAAAUCCAAAACCAGCUGAAGCGGAGCCUCCUAAAAGUCCUUCAAGAGGCGAUCUUAUACCUUCACAAGACUUUUCAGUACUGAGCAGUGGAAACAAAGAAAAAAGACUUGAACAAGAUUUGAAAAAUAAAUGAACAGUCGAUGAUUUGAGAGAAGAGUUUGUGGAAAAGCUCAGGGAACAAAUAAAAAAUAAUUUUUCAGCUGACUUGUUCUCUUUGAUGUUUUCUUCUGAAUUUAAAAAACAGAUUGAAGCAUGCCAAUAUAUCUCAAAUUUGGUAAACACACAGCCAAAAGAAAUGGUUGAGCUGGUAGAUUUAAUAUUUAAAUACAUUUGGGUAAGACUUUUUGAGACAACAAAUACGCAGCUAUAUAAGUCAAUAUUAGAACUGUCGAUACAAAUAGUGUCCAUGCUUCAAGUUGAAGGAUUUGUACUUACUCCCUGGUAAUAUGAUUUAUGUACUAUAACGCUAUAUCCCAGCAGAGCACCGACCAGAAAAAAUAUGAUCCAGAUGACUUGCUUUGUACAGUAAAAGUCUGAUUAGGCCUUUUAAAGCCAAAAAUGAAGAUUUGACAUUUUUGUUUUUACUUGAAAAUUAAAAUGGAUCGUCAAUGAUGAUCUAAAAUAUUUCAGGGGCUAUGAGUAAAUUCUUGCUUUGUAACAGAAUUUUCAAGUAAAUUUUAUAUGAAUAGAUCGAAAUUCGCAAUUAUAUAUAAAAUGUCAAAACAGAGGUAUUUAAACCCAAUAAUUCACUAUUCAUAUAAAAAAAUUUACUUGAAAAUUUUAUGCUAAAACUCAAUGAAUAAAAAAGAAUUUGCUUAUUACUGGGAGCUAGUGAUGGAGAAGCCUCACUAUUUUUACCAAUUUUGUGUGAAAAAUCAGGACAUAAUAACGCAGUUUUCAGGACGAUGACGAGAAGUAUUAUUCACAAUGUAGCAAAAAUUUAUCCUCCUGAGAAAGUGUUUCUAUCUGUUCUUCAAGGGCUUAAUUCCAAAAACACCAGAAGCAAAGUUGAGUGUCUUGACGAAUUAUCAAGCCUUAUUCAAGAAUAUGGCACCAACAUAGCCCAGCCAAGAGACAUAAGAGCUAUAGCGAAGUUUGUAAACAGCCCAGACAACAAUGUAAGGCUCUCAGCUGUUGGAACUAUCGGAGAAGUCUAUAAAUACACCAGAGACAAGGUGUGAAAUCUCAUAGGAGACAUCCCAGACAAAGUCAGAGAUCUAUUAGAACAGAGAUUCAAAGUGAUCUCAGGAACCUCCCUAAAUAACAGUAAAUAUAGAAAAAAUGAAGAAGAAAACAACAAUUUUAAGCCAAAUUCGCCGAAUAUUACUAUAAAGCCAGAAGAAAUUGUAUUUCCUAAUUUUACACAAAACAAUGAUGUGCAGGUUUUCAUAGAAACUGAAGAGGUAGGCGAAGAGGCAAAAAUUGAGGAAAAAAUUAUCCCAAGGCAAAAGGUAGUAGAAAAGAUAGAAAACAAAGCAGAAAUAGUCAAAGCAAAAGUAAUUGAAGAAGAGACUGCGCCAGAGCCAGAAAUCCUGACCGAGCUAGAUAAUCAUAUACAGACCCUGAAGCAUGGAGAUAUGAGUUCACGUGUAGACUCAUUGGUAGCUAUAAAUGACUAUAUGAUUAAUGAGCAAGAAUCUCAUAUGGUAGAGCUCCAAUACAAAGCAAAUAUUCUAACUGAAGCUCUAUGCAAAGUAAUGGUCAGCACUUUUGAGAGGCCAGUUGAAACUAUCCCGUUAAGGUUCGCCAAAUACUUCUUAAGCGUGGUAAUAAAGAUGUGCUGCACCAAACCUAUUAUGAUCCGGCUAUCUGAUAACUCCUUAUACCAAUUAUCCGAACAAAUCUUAAAAAGACUUCUUAUAGACGAUUUAGACAAAAUCGGAGAAAAAGGAGAAGGUGAAGCAAUGCUAAAAACUCUUAAUGGCGCUAUGUUGAGAAUUCUAGAAAACGGAAAGCCUACACAAGUGUUUGUGGUAUUAAUAAAGCUGCUGACGAGAUAUAUAAAUGACGAUUUAUGUCCUAAAAUUCCUGGCUUGAUAAUCAGAUGUCUGUUGAAAUUGACAAAAGUUCUGGGAAAUAUUGUGCAGAAUAUUCAAGUUGAGGAAUUACUAUUGGCGAUGCAUGAAUAUUUGAUUACACAUAGGUCAACGAGUGGAGCUUCACCAGCUUCAGACGAAAUGGGGACUAAGACGAUAAAAACUAUCAUAAAUGAGCUUGUAAAGCUAAAAGGUGAAAAUAUCUGGCAGUCGUAUGAGGCUGUCAGAAAACACCCUGAGCCAGAUAAUAAUAUAGAAAGAUGGAUCAAUAUGAUUCUUUCAAGCUCCAAUAAGCCUUUGGUCGCCCAGUCUCCAAGACAAAAUAAAAUGUUCAACGAUCCUAUCCUUUCCUCAAUUCUUUCAAGAUUAAAUGACCCAUCUGCCUACCCACAAGCCAUAAAAGAAUUUUUUGAUUUUACAGAAAAAGACUCGAAAACUGAUUUUUCAGCACUUUUAAGCCAGCUCCCAAAGACUCUUUCCAACCAAAUUGCUGAGGAUUUGCGGGCACUAAGAGAAGAAGGCAAAGCUGAAAAAAGUGAGCAUGCUCCUCCAUCAGAAAGCUAUAAUUUCCAGGAUUUCCAGAAUAGGCUGGCACUUAUGAAGCAGAGAUAUGGACUUUCAAAUAACCAGCCUGUCCAGACGAGCACUACACUGACGGACUUAAAAGCGAAGGUGAAUACUUUGCUGAGCAAGUCAGGGUCUUCUGAAGAUCAGUCUGUGUCGAUCAAUGAUGUGAAGGAACGUAUAAAAAAUCUUAAUCGUAAAUAA